AUGAAAAAUGGCGAGAUCAAGAUCGACCUGCGAGUCACCUCCGAAGAGAUGGAGCUGAUUGGCAAACGAUUCGAACCGCUCAUCACCAUCGGAAGCGAAGAGCUCAGGCUGAAGUGCGAUCACAUCAAGGAGCACUGUGUGAUCUACCUCAAAGAGCCCCACGCCCGAGUCGACUGCCCGAGGGUCAAGAGCUGCGCCGUUUGCCACACCAAGAAGCACCCAACCCAUCAAUGCGACAAAUCGAAGGUUCCUAACGCCCCAUCCAAAGGGAAAGGAGCCCUGCUCUCCAUGGCGGUGGACAAGGAGAACGCAAACAGGGCCAACCAAGAUGCAAAUCUGGCAGACGUGAGCGACCUGCUGGGAAACAAAAGCUCGGCGGGUACCCCGGGAGGAGCGACCGCCUCCCUCGUUGCAGGGGCAGCCGGUGCAAGUACGGCUGCCUCGGUCACGAGCGGAGGUGGGGCGCCCGACCCGGCCAACCGCUCUUGA